AUGAUUGACUUCAUUCAACGCGUAGUUGUAACUCAAAAAUCAACAAUGCUUCUUGAGUCUGAGCGUUACACGUUCGAUGUGGACGUAAACCUCAGCAAAACAGAUAUUAAGACGCUUAUUCAGGACCUCUACGGAGUUCAAGUGGUUGCGGUAAAUACGCACCGCCUCCCACGUCGUAAGACACGAUUCGGUGGAGUGAAAACACGUACAAAGCGUGCUAUUAUUCGCUUAAAAAAUGGCGAUACUUUACCUAUUUUUGACUAA